AUGGGAUUGGCACAAAGUAAGCGUUCCGUAAACAUAACCACAGACCCGGCCAAGGAAGGAGUGGUCGCUGAAGGAACUGGCAAGCUGGAAAAAAUUGGAGAGGUAGAUCAGCUGAAAGCACAAGCUAAUGGCGAUACUCAACACAACGAUGGCGAGAAUGAAACGAAAGUGGAAACCGAUGCGGCCGAAAAUGAAAAGGACUCCACAACAGAAAAGACCAACAAAGAGGGUGGCGACGGUGGCGGUGGCGACACCAGUGUGACCGCCGUAUCUCCAACCUCGGAAGGCGAAUCGGAUGCGAAUAAUAAAACGCUCGAAAAUGGCAGCAACGAUGAAUCACUAAACGAUAGCAAAGCGCCAGCAGCGGCAGAUGAGGCCAGCAAGAAGCCGAAGAAACCCAAGAAGAAGUGGUCCUUCCGCAAUCUGUCGUUCAGCAAAAAGGACAAACAGAAACCGGCCAAAAAGGAGAAGGACGAGGAACGAGUUAAUGGUGAAUGCGAGAAAGUCCCAGAAGAGCCCACUGAGGAUGCUGUUGCCGGUACCGCUGCUGUAGCUCAAGAAGCCGCAUCCACCACUGUUGAAGCCGGUACGAGUGAAACGAAAGCGGAAACCGUUGUUACCGCUGCCCCCGAAGUUUCUACUACCACCGCAACAGCUACCGAUGCUACUGCUGCUGCCCCAGCUGCUGAUGUAACUACCACCACCACCGCUCCCGCCGUUGACACCACCAAAGUAGAGGAACCGGCAAUUGAGGCUGUGGCCGUUGUGGCUCAAGAAACGGCCGUGGCUGCCGUUGUCCCUGCUACUGCGGAACCAAAGGUGGAGCCGAAGGAGGUAGCACCCGUGGUGGUAGAAGAACCAAGCGUCCCGUUGGCACAAGAAGAGAAACCGGAGCCGGAAACAACCACUACUGCUGUCCCGAUCGAGGAGAAGGUGGUUGAAUCAGCCGCCGUUGAGGUAAACACUUCUACUCCUCCUACUAGUACUACUACCACUACCAGUAGUUCUGCUGUUAAGGUAGAAAACAAAUCUGAAUCGUCAGUAGAGAGCGAAGUUGCUGCUACUUCUACUCCUUCCAAUACUACCAAUCUCGAAAAUAGUACUACUACUACUACUCCCAUCACCCUGACCGAGAACGUUGUUAGUGAAUCUGAAAAGAUUGUAGACGGUGGUGACAGUACGCCUCCACCUCCACUACCCUCCAUUCCUCCACCCUCCCAGGUGAUGGUGUUCGUUGAGGCUUCACUGUCACAGGUGACGAGUGACGUACCGUCGUCGGACGAGAAUCCGUCAACGGUAGUUUCGGUUCCGACUGACGAGGGCCAGUCGAACGAGACACAGAGCCCAUCCGUCUUCGUUGCCCCUGUUGAAGGUUCCGCCGAAGUAGUGGCACAGUCUGUUGAGAGUCACGGUAAGACCGUUGCGGGGGAUGUCAGUCCACUCGAAACGUCAUCUUCCACUGUCGAAGCUAAGGAGGUGGAGCCUGCAAUUGUUGCUUCUGCCGCAGAGCAAAUGCAGGCAGCGUUGCCAUCCGAAAUGGUUCCGGAAGCGCAACCGACGGCCGAAGUUGAGGAAUCCGUUGUUUCUGCAAAGGUCGCUGAGGUUUCAGCAGCUGUGGCGCCGGAGUCGGAACAACCUUUGGUAACUGAAGAGAUCAAGGAGACGGUUUCAAAGGCGGUGGGAGAAAUUCUUGAACAAGCAGUUGAUAAAAUUGAAAGUGGAGAGGUUCCAUUUAGUACGGCUGCUGCUGAACCCGCAGAGCAGGUGAUCGAAAAUGAACCAUCCGUUCCACUGGCGACAGAACUCGCGGCCGCCCCGUUGCCUGAGGCUGAGGCAGCCGAUGAAAUCAGUAACAACAUUGAUGAUCUGCCACCGCCACCGCCACCACCGGCCGUUGAUGAUGAGGAAACGGUGCCCGAUUCUCUGCCAUCGCCGCUGCCAACGAUUGCUGCCGCUGUCCCGAUGGAACUAGAUGCCGGCGAGCUAAAGCAACAGGAUACCAGUGUGCUGUCGGUCGAUAUCUCUUCCCCUCUGCCACAGAACAGUCUCGAAUCGCUUCCGUCACCGCCGACCUUGUCACAGAGUGAUGUCAGCUUGCCACCACCACCAGAGUCUCCCACGGCGGUCGCUAAUCCCGAGCAACAAGUGGUCAACCCGGAAUCGGAAGCAGAGUCUGCCGCUGUUCUACCGUCGCCUCCACCUGCACCAUCAUCCACGGGUGACGAUCCUAUCAGCUCUUCCAUCCCAUCCUCCCUUCCAGCAGCAGAAGUAGAAGUAGCUAAGCAGCAUUCGGUUGAUAGUCAAGGUACGGCAAUGGCGGUGGCGGCGACGGCAGCGGUCGAAGCGUCAGCGGAAAAACGCAAUGAAAACGUAGAGAAAUCCGUCCCGAUCGUGGAUACUAGUAGUAGCGAAGAGAAGAAGGAAGAAAUGGUGGCAAGUGCAGAGUCGGCUGAUGCGCAGCAGGACAUUUUGGCAGCAACCAAGGCGGCGACGGCAGAGACAGAAACAACCGCGGACGCUCUUGAUGCGCCCCCGGUAGCCGUACCGGCAGAAGUUGAGGAAACUGUCGCGCAAAAGCAGCAGAACGGAACAGUGGAGCACGGAACCACCAAUGGCACGACCGAAAAUGGCAAAACUGAAAACGGCACGACCGAAAACGGAACGGUUGAAAAUGGUCAGAACGGUGUCCACGAAACGUCUGCCACAGAAAGUCUGAAUGGAGAGGCUGAGCACAAAAAAGAGGAGAAAAUUCCAGAAAAGGCAGCUCAGCUUCAGCAACCUCCACCGGCAGCUCCGGAAGUAACAGCCGAGUAAAAGCUAAUUGGCGCUGAACAAAACGACACAGCAUCUAUUGAUUAUUAAUUAAUUAUAAUUCUUAUUAUUAAUAAUAAUAAUUAUAA